CUGAGCGACUCUGCUCCCGGCCGCUCCUGGAGGCUCGAGACCCCCCCACCAGGAGCGAGGUGGGAGAAUAGCUACGUGGGUUAUUAGUUUCCUCGCUCCUCAAGGGGAAUCAUCAUAAUUUACGGGCGGUUGCGUGCCCUAGACUGACUGCUCUCCCCCUUUCAGUGAGGACUGUGCUUCCUCCGAGGGAGUUGCGGGCCGAGGCAUGCGGACCGAGCAUAGGGACAAGGGACUUGGAAUCCUGCCUCGGACUUUGUCGGAGGGUUUUAGUGACUUCUCUACGUAGCUCCCUCAUUGUCUCUCAUCUUUUGGCUCCCCUGUCAAGGACCAUCCCCCAUUCUAGGCCUUCGAUGUGUGAUGCUUUGAUCAAAGGAUUGACAUUCCUUUUCUAAGUGUUUGCUGUCAGCUUUCAGCCACUUGAUUGCGAUUCCAGGUGUCCCUAAGGUAUCAGUGUUAUCCAGAACCAAGAACUCAGUGGAGGAAUGAAAAAGGCAGCAUCUUUAAAAGAAUGUUUAUUGGAAGGAGUUGCAAGAGCUUGCGAAGUCAUGAAGAACAAAGUUUUUUAGAGCCAUUAUGAAAUGGCAAUGGUAAUACUGCACUCUAUGUGAAUAGAUUCGGUUUCCUUCAUCUGGGGCACAUGCAUAUGAUCAACUUUGGACUUCUUUUGAGAUUGCCAGGCGUUUGCAAUGGCUGCUACUGUGAACUUGGAACUUGAUCCCAUUUUUUUGAAAGCACUAGGUUUCUUACAUUCAAAGAGUAAAGAUUCUGCUGAAAAGCUAAAAGCACUGCUUGACGAAUCUUUGGCUCGGGGCAUUGAUUCCAGUUACCGUCCAUCUCAAAAGGAUGUGGAGCCACCCAAAAUUUCAAGCACAAAAAAUAUUUCCAUUAAGCAAGAGCCCAAAAUAUCAUCCAGUCUUCCUUCUGGUAAUAAUAAUGGCAAGGUCCUCACAACUGAAAAGGUAAAGAAGGAAGUUGAAAAGAGACCUGCUGAUAAAAUGAAAUCAGACAUCACUGAAGGAGUUGAUAUUCCAAAGAAACCUAGAUUGGAGAAACCAGAAACACAGUCGUCUCCCAUUACUGUCCAAAGUAGCAAGGAUUUACCUAUGGCUGACCUUUCCAGUUUUGAGGAGACCAGUGCUGAUGAUUUUGCCAUGGAGAUGGGAUUGGCCUGCGUUGUUUGUAGGCAAAUGAUGGUGGCAUCUGGCAAUCAAUUAGUAGAAUGUCAGGAGUGCCAUAAUCUCUACCACCGAGAUUGCCAUAAACCCCAGGUGACAGACAAGGAAGCGAAUGACCCUCGCCUGGUGUGGUAUUGUGCCCGAUGUACCAGACAAAUGAAAAGAAUGGCUCAAAAAACUCAGAAACCACCACAGAAACCAGCCCCUGCAGUUGUUUCUGUAACUCCAGCUGUCAAAGAUCCAUUGGUUAAGAAACCAGAAACUAAACUGAAACAAGAGACAACUUUUCUAGCAUUUAAGAGAACAGAAGUCAAGACAUCCACAGUUAUUUCAGGAAAUUCUUCUAGUGCCAGCGUUUCCUCAUCAGUAACUAGUGGCUUAACUGGAUGGGCAGCUUUUGCAGCCAAAACUUCCUCUGCUGGUCCCUCAACAGCAAAAUUGAGUUCAACAACACAAAACAAUACUGGGAAACCUGCUACCUCAUCAGCUAACCAGAAACCUGUGGGUUUGACUGGUCUGGCAACAUCAUCCAAAGGUGGAAUAGGUUCCAAAAUAGGUUCCAAUAACAGCACUACACCCACUGUACCUUUAAAACCACCUCCACCUCUAACCUUGGGUAAAACUGGCCUUAGUCGCUCAGUUAGUUGUGACAAUGUCAGCAAAGUAGGUCUUCCUAGUCCAGGUAGUUUAGUUCCAGGAAGCAGCAGCCAACUAAGUGGGAAUGGAAAUAGUGGAACAUCAGGACCUAGUGGAAGUACUACUAGCAAAACUACUUCAGAAUCCAGCAGCUCUCCCUCAGCAUCCCUUAAAGGUCCAACUUCACAAGAAUCACAGCUCAAUGCUAUGAAACGAUUACAGAUGGUCAAGAAGAAAGCCGCCCAAAAGAAACUCAAGAAGUAAUGUGGCCAAGUAGGUUUUUAUAUCAUAUUAGCCUAAUGAUGAAAGCCUUAUUAUUAAGAUAUAAUCUGUAAUAUACUGUAAUUUAAUAAAAGUCUUCAUAAUCAAA